AUGGUGGGAGGCAGUGUCACGAGCCUUGUCGGCGCCGCCGCCGCCGAUGCGGCCGCGGCCGGCAGCGGCGGCUGGGGCGGCGGCGGCGGCGGCGCGCUCGGCGCGCUGCGGCGGCGGAUGGAGCGGCGGCGCGCGAAGCGGGAGGCGGCGGCGCUGGAGGACGGGGUUAUGGCGCACGCAGGGUUGCGGCGCAGCCGCCCCCGGUGGCACCCGGUGCAGCUGCUGGAGUGCCGCGACUUCCUGCACAACGAGGCAGCAUUCAUGGAGUGGCUCCACAUGGCCAUCCUCCUCGCCAGCUCAGCGGUUCUGAUGCUCGCCGUCGGCGCGCGCGGCCGCGUCUCGCCGCUCGACCCGCCGCGCAUGCAUAUCGCGGAGAAGUCCGCGCUGUGCCUGCUGCCCGCGAGCUGCGUGCUGGUGGCGUACUCGAUCUGGGUGUACCGCUGGCGGUUCCGGCGGCUGACGAGCAUGCGGCACAAGAGGGUGGACGACAGGGUGGGCCCAAACCUGAUGCUCGUCGUCGUGGUCGCCGCGCUGGCGGGCGCGCUGGGACUGAACAUCCUGGAUGUGGUGCGCAUGGCGGCGAACGCCAGGGGCGGCGGCGGCGGCGGCGGCGGCGACGACGACGCAGGCGGCGGCGCGGAGCCGGGCACCUUGCGCCUGGGCGGCGCCGCGGCGGCAGUGGCUGCGGCGGCGGCGGCGGGCGGCGCGGGGCGGUGA